AUGCCUGGGGAAGUUAUCGACCGGCCAAAUCCAGGGCCACCUCCCUCUCAUCUACCAGAUUCGGUGGACGAGCUCAUGGUCCGGCUGCAAACGGUCAAGCUGGAUGACAAUGUCCGUCGAUCUUUGGAGAAGUUUCGCAGAGUUACAGAUUAUAUCGCUGCGGCUAUGAUAUUUCUUCGGAGUAAUGCCUAUUUGAAACGUCCAGUUAAGCGUGAAGAUAUCAAACCUCGACUACUAGGCCAUUGGGGAACCUGUCCUGGUCUGAAUCUCGUGUAUUCCCAUCUUAAUUACUUGAUACGAUGCCAUGACUUGGACAUGCUGUUUGUCACUGGGCCUGGACAUGGCGCACCUGCGAUCCUCGCCUCACUCUGGGUUGAAGGGUCAUUGGGAAAGUUUUACCCUAAAUACGCCAACGACACCAGUGGGCUCACGAGAUUGAUCACCCAGUUCAGCACAACUGGCGGAUUUCCUAGCCAUAUCAAUGCGGAGACACCCGGAGCAAUACAUGAGGGUGGCGAACUUGGAUAUGCUCUGGCAGUCUCGUUUGGGUCCGUAAUGGAUAACCCACACCUGAUAACGGCUGUUGUAGUGGGCGAUGGUGAGGCCGAGAGCGGCCCGUGUACAGCGAGUUGGAAUGGUAUCAAAUACAUCGAUCCCGCAGAAUCAGGGGCUGUCUUACCCAUUCUACAUCUCAAUGGAUUUAAGAUUAGCGAGCGGACUAUCUAUGGGUGUAUGGAUGACAGAGAACUUGUGUCCCUAUUUUCUGGUUUCGGCUACCAGACACGAAUCGUGGAAGGCUUGGAUGAUAUUGAUACCAAUCUGAAUAACUCGCUAGAAUGGGCACUAGCGGGAAUCCGUAGGAUCCAAAAGGCCGCCCGGUCUGGAAGUCCAAUCAUGAAACCCCGGUGGCCAAUGUUGAUCUUGCGGACCCCCAAGGGUUGGACAGGUCCAAAGAGUAUCCAUGGAAAGAUCAUUGAGGGUUCUUUCGCGGCUCAUCAAGUGCCGCUUCCUGAAGCAGGAGAGGAUGACGACGAGCUCCAAGCAUUACAAGCAUGGCUUUCUUCAUAUAAUCCCGAAGAAUUAUUCAAUGAGCACGGAGACGUAAUCGAUGACAUUAAAUCGAUCCUCCCCAGGGAAGACUCAAAACGGAUGGGCCAACGGAAAGAGGUGUGUGAUUCUUUUGACAAACUCAAAAUGCCGGAUUGGAGGUGUUACACAGUCUCAAAGGGGUCUCAAGAAAGCUCCAUGAAAACGAUCUCGCAUUUCCUCGGUCAGAUCCUUGUGGACAACCCUCAUUCGAUGCGAAUUUUCUCGCCUGAUGAGCUGGAGAGUAAUAAGCUAGGUGCCGUAUUGGAGAAGACGGGCCGAAACUUUCAAUGGGAUCAGUAUUCUAACGCUCAGGGUGGGAGGGUGAUUGAAGUGUUGAGUGAGCAUAUGUGCCAGGGUUUCCUCCAGGGAUAUACUUUGACAGGACGGACGGGCAUAUUCCCAUCUUACGAGAGUUUCUUAGGGAUCAUCCAUACAAUGAUGGUGCAAUACUCUAAAUUCAACAAAAUGACCAGCACCUGGGCACGCCAGGAGCAUAACGGGUUCUCUCACCAGAAUCCCUCAUUUAUCUCCGCGGUUUUAAACCUGAAGCCAAACGCUGCGAGGGUUUAUUUACCACCUGACGCAAAUACAUUCCUUUCAACGUUGUCUCAUUGCUUGCAGUCAAAGAAUUAUGUUAAUCUCAUGAUUGGGUCGAAGCAGCCAACUCAGAUAUAUUUGAGUGCAGAGGAGGCAGAAAGCCAUUGUCGAGCAGGAGGCUCAAUCUGGGGCUUUGCAAGCACUGAUGAUGGUCUUGACCCGGACGUCGUACUGGUAGGCAUUGGGACAGAAGUCACUUUCGAGGUUAUCCACGCGGCGUCCAUCCUGAAAAAGUUAAUACCGGACCUACGCGUACGAGUGAUUAAUGUGACAGACCUGAUGAUCCUUGGGUCGGAGAGAAGCCAUCCUCACUCCCUCUCGGAUGAAACUUUCGACUCGCUGUUUACGGCAGAGCGUCCGAUACAUUUCAACUACCAUGGAUACGAAACAGAGCUCAAGGGUUUGCUUUUUGGCAGGCCUCGUGUUGAUCGUAUUAGCAUAGCUUGUUACAUGGAAGAGGGUUCUACCACCACCCCGUUUGACAUGAUGCUUUUAAAUAGGGUAUCACGAUUCCAUGUUGCCCAAGCAGCCGUGAGAGGAGGUUCUCUGCGCAAUGAAAAGGUAAGAGUCCGACAGCAUGAGCUCCUCACCACUUUAGACCAUGAGAUUCGAAGCGUAAGGAAGUAUAUCAUGGAGAAUCAUAACGAUUUGAAGCAGUCCACUGACAAGGUCUGCAUGGCAGAUCCCAGUGAUUUGUACGACAUGCCCAGUUUUAACCUUCUUUCUAUAUAA